AUGGCAUUAAAACGUGUUGUAGUAACCGGCAUUGGAAUGGUAUCGCCUUUAGGUUUAUCCGCUUAAGAAAGUUGGGAAGCUCUCUUAAAAGGCUAAUCCGGUAUAAUAAAUAUCGAAGAUUACCUCGAAAGAUUAAAAUAAACGGAUUCCCAAAACAAAUUAAUAAAUCCAAAAUUAUGGCCUGGAAAUACUUACGUAGCCCCUAUAAAAGUUGGCUUUGGUAAUUUAAAAAAAUGGAAAGUUCCUUUAUGUACAAACAACGCGAAUUCGUAUGUCAUGUCAGCAGCUGUGGAGGCUUUAAAAGACAGUAAAAUCGAGAAAAUAUUACAAGAAAAUGAGGAUUUAUAAAAUUAGGCUGGUGUAAAUAUCGGUAUAAUGAGUUCAAAUACAACAAAACUAACUGAAAUAAUAAAAGAUACAGAAAAAAAAGGUUUUGAUGGUUUAAAUAGGCUUACUAUAUUUCAUACAUUGACAAAUAUGGCAAGUGCUAAUUUAAGUAUUAAAUAUAAGCUUAAAGGACCAUCCCAAUCGGCAUCUACUGCUUGUGCAACUGGGUCAAGUGCAAUUGGUGACUCUUUUAGAAAUAUUUAAUUUGGAGACGCAAAAGUAAUGUUGGCAGGUGGAAGUGAAGAAUGUUUAAAUCCAACUAUAAUUUGGGCUAGUAUAAGAAUGUAAGCUAUGAAUUAGAAAAUUCACGAAAAACCAGAAUACUCUAGUAGGCCUUUUGAUAUUUAAAGAAGUGGAUUUAUUUUAGGGGAAGGUGCAGGCGUUUUGGUUUUGGAAGAAAUGGAACAUGCAGUAUAAAGAGGUGCUUUUAUUUAUGCAGAAAUUGGCGGGUAUGGAUAAAGUUCUGAUGGGUAUCAUUUAAGUAGACCUUUAGAGAGUGGAAAUGGGGGAUUGAGAUGUAUGAAGAAGGCUAUAGAGUAAGCUGGAGUUGGUUUGGGAGAAAUUCAGAGUAUUAAUUGUCAUGCAACAAGUACUUAAACGGGUGAUUUAGCUGAGGGGCUAGCUAUUUGUCAACUUUUGGAAAGAUUUUAAGGAAAGUGUGUGAUUACAGCAAAUAAAGGGAAUAUUGGACAUACUUUUGGAGCAGCGGGAGCUAUUGAGAGUAUAUUUAGUUUACUAAGUAUUAGAGAUGGGGUAGUGCCGAAGAUUUUAAAUUUAUAAGAAGAGUGUUAGAAGGGUUUGAGGUUUGCGAGGGAAAAUGUAGUAGGGAAUGUUGAUGUAGUUGUUAAAAAUUCGUUUGGAUUUGGGGGAGUUAAUGUUUCGUUGGUUUUUAAGAAAUUUAAGUGA